AAUGCGUAUUCUUAAAUUUAAUUCCCAACACUUGAGCGUUUAUUUUUUCUUUUGAUAAACCCCGAAGAAACCCUUGUCCAUCGACGACUUUCCGGUUCGCCUCUCUUACUGUUAGUACCAUUUAGAGAGAGAGAAAGACAUUGGUGUUGAGUGAGAUGAUUAAAGGAGGCAAAACAUCGGUGCUAACAUAUGCUGAAAAAUGCAAGAAUAUAUUGGCAUCUAAUUGGCAAGGUUACCUUAACACUGUGAAGGCUGAUGCUAAUGGAAGCAAAGGGGAAAUAUACACUUCAAAAGUCCGCUAUUUCGUCAAGAGAGGCAAGCCCUACAUCUGGGUACCUGAAAAUGAUAUGCACAAUGUGAACACAAUGAUAGAUGAGCGUGGUUCCUUUGCUGUGACCAGUCCCUUCCCAGGUCCACUGCCAAGUUUUCUCAAGUCUAUCAAGAAAUUACCAGCUCGGGUUGCUUUGAUGGGUGAAGUUCUGCCUCUUAAAAAUGAAAAGGCUAGGUUGCCUGGAGAGAGCCUUAAGGAAGUCAUAUCAUCUGAAAGGAGCAUGAUAGAGAAGUACUCUUACUCCGUUUUGGGUAUACUGAGUUCAUCCAGCCUUGGUGCUACAUGCCGAGGUGACAAUCUCCAGGAAUUACUUGAGUCAGACAAAAGAUAUGUUGUCUUCAAGUUCAACCCAAGUUCAUACACGUACUUUGACAGCAAUGGGGGGACUCAUGAAGUAGAUCUAGAGGAAGUCCAUGCAACAAAACCUGAUCCUUUAUCAUCACAUACCAUGAGCUUGAUUGAUGGAAUUAAUCAAAGUGAGGUGAGGCGUAGGGCUCUGAUUCUCUUCUGCAUCACACACUUGAAUAAGAACGCAAAGAAGAGAGCUGAUCCCUGGUUUUAUGUGAAGGAUGCGUAUCUGCUUUCUAUAGAUCGGAAAGGAUUGGAUGUGGUGGGAAAAGUUUUAGGUCCAAUAAGGAGUGAUGGUUCUCGUGAAUAUCAGUGGAGGGAGUUGAGAAUUGCAUUCAGAGAAGAGGCACACACUGUUGAAACAUUCUGCCGUCAGCUUGUUGAAAUGGAGGAGGAAUCACUCAAGAGUAUCUCCAACUUUAGUGGUAUAUAAAUAGGGUGGAAUUAGCAUCACACCGACAGAUUUGAAGAGCAAGCAACCUGUGAUGGACAGGAAUAAUUGCAUCAUGGGUCAUUUUUGACAGAGAAGGGGAGCUGCGAUAGAGGGUAGAUGAGUGAUCUUGUGAUUUGAGGUUUGUUCAUAUCUGUUCUUGUAAUCUAGAUCAUAGAAGGUUAAUAACCUUAGCUGAGCUGUGACACUGUAAGUUGAGGAAUGUUAUUCAUUAAGAUUUUAAUUGUUAAAAAGCUUAUGGUUGGUCGAGCUGCAUACACUCACCUAUUAUAAGGACAAGGCGUUUCAUCAAA